UUUUAAUGUCAGCAACCGAACAAGAUCAAGAUGAUUCUAAAGAAGUAAUUGAACCCAAACAAGAGGUCCAAGAUGAUAAUAUCUCUGAAAAGAUAUUACUCAAGCCAAAUAAAGAUUCCCCUGAUGUUGAAGAAAAGAAGAAUAUUAUGGAAAAAGCUGAUGAAGCUGAAGAAGGGCCCAAAGCCAUACAGAAGACCAAAGAAAAUGAGGAGUCUGCGAAGGAAAUUGAAAACCCUUCACCUAAGCAUGUACCUCUUGAAGAAUCUCAAAAUUUACCAAAAGAGUCUACUGAAGUUUUAAAAGAACCCUCUCCAAUUUCUCAUUCCCCAAAAAUUUCUCAGGACUUAGAUUCCAUACCCCAGGCUCAAAAUCAAAUUCCAAAUGCACAGAACACCUCUAAAAGUUCUGAAUCAGCCUCUAAAACUCAUAAAUCUCCAAAAUCUGUUUUACACCCUCUAUCCCCUUCAAACCCUUCCAAAUCUCCUCAAAACUUAAAUAAAAUUCAAAAUUCUCCCCCUAAUUCCUCAGAAGGAGCCAAAGAAGAGGACGACUUCUACCAAUUAGAAGACCCACACACCUCACCCCCUCCACACCCCAAAACCCACCCUCAAGACCCUCACUCCCCCACUCACUCCACUCAAAACCCCAGCCCUAAACCUCAUCCCAAAGACUCUACCACUCACCCUCAAAAUCCUGAAAAUUCCCAGUCAAGCCCACUUAAAACCCAUCCUAAAGAGUCUAUCCCUGACUCUGAGGCACAAAAUGAGAAGAGUAAUGGGCCUUCGCAGGAAGAGAAAAUUGAUAAAGAAGAAGAAAUAGGGAAUGAAGGUGAAGAACCAAAUUGUGAAGAGCUUAUUGGGGAAGAAGAGGGGGAACCAGUUGUGGAGAAGCCGCCAGUUGGGGAGAAGCCGCCAGUUGUGGAGAAGACGCCAGUUGUGGAGAAGAAGCCAGAUGAGGGAGAAGGAACAGAUGAGAGAAAGAAGCAGCAGGAUGUGGAGAAUUUUAGUGGAAAAGGAAGUAGAGAGGAAGAUGAAGAGAUUGGGAGCCGAAAAGUUGAUGAAAAUGAAGAAGUUCUGGAAAAAGAUGAGGGGAAAGAGAAUAUAGAAUCUGGUGAGAAUUCGAAGUCGGCUUUGGAGGGAGUUGGGAAAGAUGAAGAGAUAGAAGGGCAGAAGGAAGAACCUUUGAAAAGUAUAGAACGUGAGGACUCAAAUCAGGACCCUCAAAAUCCUCCUGAGACUAGCCAUCCUCCUUCAACACCACAGGAUUCUGUCACAGCCUCAAAUGCUGAUCUCCACAAAGACUUGUCUCAAGUUUCUCCUCUCAAGCCUCAUCAAAGUGACUUAGAGAUUCCUUCAAACCCUAUUAUUCUUCAUAAGCAACCUUCAGAGGAAGAGGUACCUCCAAAAGAGAUUUUAGAAGAACAGGUUGAAGAAGAACAAAAAGAUGCUCCUCAAAGACCUAGUUCUAACUACCAUAGCCAUUCUUAUAUUGGCACAAGGAUAAUGAAUGGCCAGAGACCAUCUAGAAUCCUUAGAAGCAGUAGGAACUCCAGAGACGCUAAGCUGAGUCACCUAGACUUCUCAAUCCAGCCUCCUGAUCAGGAAGAAGGACAAAAGCGGGAAGAGUCUCAGCUCCCUACAGGAGCUGAGAAAACCGAAGUUGAUAUCGUCCAGACUAAACGUCAGCAGUUAUUACAAGAUCGCAAGAAGAGGUCUCGUAAAAGCCAUAGAGUGAUUCCAAAAGUGCAGGAUAAACCUGAUACUGUGAGUCAAAAAAUCGUUCAGGAGGAGCUGGCUCUCCUGAAAUCUAAAAAUAAAAUUCCUAGUCGCAAGAAUAACCAGAGAAAUAUUAGCUCUCGAGAUCAAAAAUCGCAGCAUUCAACUUACAACUUGCAAGCAAUGGAUAAGCAAGGAAGGAAAGAAUUAGGAGAAAUUAAAGAAAAUCAGAAAGACUUCUUAAAAAAUAGAGAGAUAAGGAAGGAAAAUGAGCAACUGCAGAAACGAAAAGCGACUGAAUUUAUCAGAAAAUUACGUAAAUCUCGUCCUAAGCCAAAACCAAAGAAGAUUGAUGAAGAAUACAUGCACAAGAUUGAAGCCCAGAUGGAAGAGCGGAGGAUCAGAGAGGAAGAGGAAAAAGAAGCCAAGCGCCAACAGAUCAAAGCCAGGAUUUCAAAAUUGAAAAAGGAUAGGUUAAAGUCAAAACAAGAGAUGCAGAAGAACACCAAGAAGCAGAACCACAUCUUAGGUGAAGACAAGAAGAAAAGGCUCUACCAACAAAUGGAAGAAAGGUAUGUCAAGGAAUACCAGAUCCCAGAACUUGAGAGGAGAAAGAACGAGCUUGCCAAAAGAAGAAAUUUCUUGAUGGGUCAAAGAAACGAAGUUGAGGAAUAUGUAGAUAAAAGCGAUAACAACAAGAGGUUCCACAGUUACAAUAGAAUUAGCUUCGACUCUAAGCAAGAAAAAGGAAUUUCAGAUCAAAAAUAUAAAAGAAAACCAAUGAGCAAGAAGUAUACAUUUAAAGAAAAAGCAGAGUCUUUAGUAGCUGAUCGAUCAAGGGAGGACUCGAUAGGCCAGAUAAAGGGGAAUCAGGUGAACCAGUAUUACCAUAAUGCUAAAGCUUUGGAAAAUGUGCUCAAAGAAGAAAAGAGUAACCUUCAAAAACUUGAGAGAGACAAAAAGAAACUCAUAGAGCGAAAACAGAAAGUAGCAAGUUAUUCUAAACUUGUCCGCGAGAUUCAUUGGGAUCAUAGUGAUAGAAAUAAGAGAGAUGUCAAAUACAACCCUCUUAAAAAGAGAUCUGUUAUAGGAGAAACCGAUUCCAAUAAAACCUUUGAGAAUCAUAACAGAUCAAGAAUGGCUGCUGUAGAGAAGGUUAAAGAGAUAAGAAGGAAACAAGUUAAGAAAGAAACAGAUAUCGAAAAUAGAAGGCAGCCAGAGGCUAAUAACUUCAUUGUUGAUUCUAAUUCUUCUAAUGAUAUCCCAGCCCUAAAUCAUUCAUACUUACCACCUAACUCUGUUGGUAUUAAAAGAGAAAAUCCUAAAUCUCUUAUAGUAAAUAAGAACCUUGGUCGAGAAUCAGUUACAGCGAACAGAGAAAGUCCUGCUCUACAAGUAAGACCCUUCGUUUUGGCAGGUAAAGAAAUGCCAUCAGAACCCAGAGAUGUAUCUCCUAACCUAAGCGCUUUAAACGUUAGUGGUCUACUAGAUGACUCUCAGCUCCCCUUCCCCGAAGGGGUCGGCCCAUCACUAAGAGACUACCCCCACCACCAUGCCCCACCCCACAACAUCCAAGGUCCCCCCCUCGAAGUAGACGACGCUAUGAUCGAAGACAUCCAAAAACGCCUCGAACUACUCGACGAGUUCAAAUAA